AUGGCUCCAGACACAAAAUCCCAGGCGGAUCAGGCCCAGACUGGGCUGCGUAAGCGACAAGCUGCCCAAGCAGAUGAUGCAAAGCGGCCGCUCCAAGCGACUGCCGGGCUCAGGAAGCCGGUGCCUCAGGCAGCCAAAAUCCCAACCUUCGUGGUCGCAAAACUACUGUUUUUCACUGUUCUGAUGUUCAGUCUGCCCUUGGCAACAUUCUUCUAUGGACGGGAUGCUCUGUUCGACGGAAAUGCCACGUACAGCGCCAUCGCCGCCGCCAUUAUGGCCAACAUCGUACUCUUUGCUUUUGUUCUUGCGGCCUUUGCUGAAGACCAAGGGCCAGCCGGCAACGAGCAAAAGUCCAAGUGA